CCAUAUUUGUUUUCCCAAUAUUUUCGAAUUCUCUAAGGCCUCUUCUUUGCAUGCGUCUACCUCGCUGCUCAGAUCCCCCCAAAGAGAAUAUGGCUAGCACUCAACAGAAUUCGCAGGCUGGACGUGCAAACCAAAAACCAAUUCUCCGAUCCUCUCCAAAGCACAAGAAACCAGAAGCUCUUUCAGACCGUAAUGAACUGCAAUGUCAUAGUUCCCCAAAACCCGAGCUCCGAAAAUCUCCCAGGCUUAAAAGAAAAGAUCGGCCGAGCACUUUGACAGUGGUGCAGGCAUUGAGUGGCUCAAGGUCAAAGAAAGUGCAAAGCCAUUCUACUCCCUUGCCCGUCACACCAAAGCCAAAGCCUAUAUCUGACAAUGUACAAAAACAGAUCAAGCAGAAGAGAAAGCGGGAAGAAGUAGAAAGUGAAAGUGUCGCCAAGCCUUUUGGGGGUGGGUUGAAACUCCGAAAACGUGGAUGUGUUUCAAUGCACCGCGUUGUGAAACGUAAGAUAAAUGGACAGAAACCAACGGUUUUGUUUAAUGAUAAGGGACAACCGUAUGGUGUGGCUGCUGCAGAGAUGCAAUCUUAUAUUGGAGUUUUGGCCAGGACAAAAGCUCCAAUAUGGUUUGACACUUGGAGGCAAGUUCCAGUAACCAUCAAGAACAAGAUUUGGAAAUCUGUCACGUUGGGGUUCGACCUACCCCCUUCUGCACAAAAACUUGUGCUGCAGUCGGCGAAUUUGAAGUGGAAACAAUUCAAGAGUACCCUGACAUGUAAAUAUAUUCGUCCCUUUCGAGAUGAACCUGAGAGGAUGAGGACUCCACUAGAGGACUUCUCUUUCUUGGAGAAGAAUCAUUGGGAUAUUUUUGUUGCUGAUCGUCUAAGCCACGAGUUCUUGAAAGUCCAUGAUGAGCAUGUGAAGAGAGUUAAGGAAAACAAAUAUCCUCAUCGCUUGUCCCGAAAAGGCUAUGCAAACCUGGAACGGGAAUGGGCAAAAACACACAGUGGAGAUGAGUCAGUCAUUGAUCGAUCUGUUACGUGGGUCCUUUCAAGGAAGGACAAAGAAGGAAAUUUCAAGAGUGACUCUACAAAGCAGAAGGCGGAGGAAAUUGAAUUCUUAAGGGAACAAGUAUGUUCUGGUGUGCUUACUGAAGAAGGUGAUGAUGAUGUAUUGACCAAGGCUCUUGGGAAGCCCGAGCACGGUGGAAGAGUUCGAGGUCAAGGAAUGCAUGUGAGGAAGGCUGUGUAUUUCAAUCUCCCGCGGUCAAAGAAGCAAAAGACACAAACAACGGUUGAUGAGCAAGUGAAGGAGUGUGUGAGACAACUUUUGGCAGAGGAGGUGAAUAACAUUGUUGCUUCAAGAGAUGCUUUUUGGAUGGCUGAGAUAGAGAAGUUGAAAUCAGAGAUUUGGAAGAAACAAGGAAGUAGUCCUGCUGUCCCUUCCCAAGAGGCUAGCUGCUCACCUAAAUUCAGGGAAGGUGGGCAGAAUCAACAAGUGGCAAGGAGCAAUCUAAAGCACUCAUUUGAUGCAGAACUUGAACCACUCACAGAGAAUAAUGACAUUGGUGAUGAGUGUAAUCAUAAACUGUCCGUGGCUGAGCAUGUUGAUGAGAAACAAAAUGAAAAAGAAAGAGAAAAGAAUGAGAGUGAAAUUGAUACUGUGGAGAAGCUUGUGGAAGUUGGAGGACUUAAAGUAGAGAAGAAAGCAGAAAAAGAUGUCUUCGUUGAUGUUGAUUCCGGGGAGAGCCAAAUGGCACAGCUUGCUGUUGGUUCUGUGGACAAUAUUGUUGCACAUGCAAAGGUGUAUGGAUUCUCCCGGAUGGAUGACCUCACCCUACAUGGUGAAAAACUGGAUGAAGAAUAUGCAAAGGUGUCCAUUACAGAAGCAAUACAAUUCCCAAUCCCCGGUGAAGUACUUACUGUUGAACAAGCCAAAGGAACUUUUGUAGCAUGGCCUAAGGAGCUGAUAGUCUUGGAUGUGCUUCCUAAAGGAAAGAGCAAUUUAAUAACUGUCAAAAAGAAAAAGGCCCCUAAAAGAUUGAAAAAGGCACAUGUUCAAGACGAUGAGGAAUGUGGCCAAGAGUUCCAAGUAGAAUUUGGUCCUGAGUAUCCACUGCACUUCAAACGGCUAUGGUUGUGGGCUAAGGAAGCAUUGUCUGAUGAUAGAGCACAUACUUUUGUCCUUAAUAAAGAUGCCUUUGGGGUGGAAAAGAAGUUAUCGGUUUUUAUGAGUGAUAUACAUGCUCUGUGCGCUCGUGGCGAGAUGGCAGGAAGCAUAAUUACAAUAUACAUCCACAUGGUAGGGACGCUUGCAUGUGGGAACAUAGGGCAGAGGUCACGCAAGCUUGCUGAUCGCUUUAAGGGGGGCGGUGAUGGACAACACUUUCUAAUACCGUUCAAUGACGUGAAUCAUUGGGCUUUGACUGUUGUCAAACCUAAUGAAGAGGUAGUGUACUACAUGGACCCCCUUAAACGGCGUAUAGAUAGUCAGGAGUGGACUAAAGUGGUUGAUAAGUAAGUAGUGACUCAAUGAACAAAAAUCUUUGGUAUAUGCUAUCACUUUUGCUUUUAACAUUUCUCUAUUUAUCUUUUUUGGUUUCCUUAUAGUGCUAUAGUUUUGUAUAAGAAUACCAUGAGCACACCUAUGUUGAAGAAGAAAGUGUCUUGGGAGAAUAUGGCAGUAUUAUAUGAUUCUUAUUAUUUGGUAUGUAAAGCAGGUUGAAUGAGAAGUGUUGUAUAACGUACUUUAUAUUUUUGUUUUUUAGGGCAUCCCGAUGCAAAAAGGGAAUGUAGACUAUGGCUUGUUUGUAAUGCGAUACAUGCUCUUUACACAGAUUUAAGUUGAAGCUAAUUUAAGAUAGCGCUGUAUAGAGUAUUUUUAUUUUGUGAAGCUGGAGGUUUUUGAAUUUCAUAAAAGCUAUUUUCCCUU